CUUGUGUUUUUCAUUCAUGGUUUUUUCUGGUUUGAUCUAACAAGUUCCAAAGACCCUUUUCAUCAUGGGAAACACUUGUGGGAAACCAGUUGCUCAUGUAUCUUCCUCCAAUUUUGCUGGAAAUAAGAAGCCUGUAAGUAAGUCAAAGCAGUAUUCAAAUUCUUCUGAGAAAAAAGCUGCUUCAGAAUCAAAUUUUGACAAAUCCAUCUCCAAUAAGCUCAAGCCCUUCAGCUUGAAUGAUCUGAAGGAGGCCACGAAGAACUUCCGGCGCGAAAAUUUAAUCGGAGAGGGAGGAUUCGGGCGUGUCUUCAAGGGAUGGAUUGAUGAGAACACAUAUGCUCCCACAAAAGCAGGCAGUGGAAUUGUUGUGGCCAUUAAAAAUCUGAAGCCAGAAAGCUUUCAAGGCCACAAGGAAUGGCUUGCAGAAGUCAAUUACCUAGGACAGCUUCACCAUGAAAAUUUGGUGAAACUUAUUGGUUAUUGCUUGGAAGGUAAAAACAGGCUUCUGGUUUAUGAGUUCAUGCAAAAAGGAAGUUUGGAGAAUCACUUAUUCAGAAAGGGUGUUCAACCUAUGGCCUGGGUUACAAGGGUCAACAUUGCAAUUGGUGUUGCAAGAGGAUUAACAUUCUUACAUUCCCUGGAUGCAAACGUUAUCUUUCGUGAUUUAAAGGCUUCUAAUAUCCUACUUGAUUCAGAUUUCAAUGCAAAGCUUUCGGAUUUUGGCUUGGCAAGAGAUGGUCCUACUGGGGAUAAUACUCAUGUUUCAACCAGAGUUAUUGGAACUCAAGGUUAUGCUGCACCAGAAUAUGUUGCUACCGGUCAUUUGACACCAAGAAGUGAUGUAUACAGCUAUGGUGUAGUCUUGUUAGAGCUACUAACAGGAAGGCGUGCAGUGGAAGAUGAUAGGCCAGGAUUUUCUGAGGAAACUCUGGUGGAUUGGGCAAAGCCAUUCUUGAGUGAUAGUAGAAGAGUUUUGAGAAUAAUGGAUACAAGGUUGGGGGGCCAAUACUCAAAGAAAGGAGCACAAGCUGCAGCUGCACUUGCAUUGCAAUGCCUUAACACUGACCCAAAAUUUAGACCCCCAAUGGUAGAGGUUCUAGCAGCAUUAGAAGGACUUCAAUCCUCAACCACAAUGCCAAGGACACCAAAAUCUGAGGGUCAUGCAAUUAAGCAUUCUGGUGGCCAUUCACAAAAGUAA